AUACCAAGACAGCGAGGAAAAGGAAAAAAAAAAAAAAUCCCCCAUCUCACGAACAAACACCGCGAAGCGAGAGCAGAAAUGGAGGCAUGAGCACCUCCUCCCACCGCUCCACCUCCGCCCUUCUGAUCCCCUCGAAACCCUCGCUGCCCGAGCCCCAUCAUCGAGGGCGGGCUUGCCGGGACCCUUGCUCCUCCUCGGCUGCUGCGGCUGCUUCGGCGGAGUGAACUAGGUAAGGGAAAAGGGAAGGUGAGGUAGAGCGGAGGGGCAGCGGCGAUGCCGUCGCACGCGGAUCUGGACCGGCAGAUCUCGCAGCUGCGGGAGUGCAAGUUCCUGGCGGAGGCGGAGGUGAAGGGACUCUGCGAGCAGGCGAAGGCGAUCCUCAUGGAGGAGUGGAACGUGCAGCCCGUGCGCUGCCCCGUCACCGUCUGCGGCGACAUCCACGGCCAGUUCUACGACCUCAUCGAGCUCUUCCGCAUCGGUGGGGAUGCGCCUGACACCAACUACCUCUUCAUGGGCGACUACGUCGACCGUGGCUACUACUCAGUGGAGACUGUGACAUUGUUAGUGGCUCUUAAAGUACGUUAUAGAGACAGAAUCACAAUAUUGAGAGGAAAUCAUGAGAGCAGACAAAUAACUCAAGUGUAUGGCUUCUAUGAUGAAUGCCUACGGAAGUACGGAAAUGCAAAUGUAUGGAAGUAUUUCACGGACUUGUUUGAUUAUUUGCCUCUCACAGCUCUUAUAGAAAACCAGAUCUUUUGCCUACAUGGUGGUCUCUCUCCAUCACUGGAUACAUUGGAUAAUAUCCGUGCUCUUGAUCGCAUACAAGAGGUCCCGCAUGAAGGACCAAUGUGUGAUCUUUUGUGGUCUGAUCCAGAUGACCGAUGUGGGUGGGGAAUUUCACCAAGAGGGGCAGGCUACACAUUUGGGCAAGAUAUCGCACAGCAAUUUAACCAUACAAACGGACUUAGUCUUAUUUCAAGGGCUCAUCAACUUGUAAUGGAAGGGUUCAAUUGGUGCCAGGAUAAGAACGUUGUCACAGUGUUCAGCGCGCCAAACUACUGUUAUCGUUGUGGUAAUAUGGCUGCAAUUCUCGAAAUCGGAGAGAAUAUGGACCAGAACUUCCUCCAAUUUGACCCAGCGCCACGGCAAAUCGAGCCGGACACAACACGCAAGACCCCGGACUACUUUCUGUAAUCUCUGUGUCGACUCCUUUUUAACUUUGCCGCUGUUGAUGCCCCUCUCCUCUAUCGCACCGCCUGGGCCUGUAGAGCUGUCCUUAGAACAUGUGUUUCCUUGAGCCGCGUUGUACCCCCACCGGUCAUUCUUUCGUGUGGAGAUUUUGCUGCUGCUUCUCGGAACUUCAUAGAGCAUGUUAAACGUACAUGGUGUUGGGAUUUUCUUUUUCUUUGUACCUCUAUUUUGUAUUAUUCUGAGACAAAAGAGAAGAGAAGCUGCAAUGGAAUUGUUUCGUAUUAUAUUUU